ACCACGCCCAAGGGGCGGGGCGGAAGUGAGAUCGGGGGCGGGAGGUGGUGCAGUCCCUGUUGAAGGCUGGCGGCAGUGCAGAGCUAGGAGACAGCCGAGCGCCGGGCACCAUUCACAGCCAGGGAACUGACGCCGGCCGUGCUCUGUAUAUAGGAAGCGGGAGCCGGCCACAGGAUUCGGGCGCUUCCGGGUGGGUCAUGGAUCACCAGUAUCUUCAGGCUGCCAACCGAUACCAAGUGCUUGAAAAUGAGGAUGACUCCUCUGAAACCUCAACUGUAGAACAGCCAUCAACCUCCACCCAAGCUUCUCAGACAGCCCAGACAUUAGCACCAUCUGCAGUAGAUGCAUCUCCACCUCCGUAUAGCAGCAUUGUUGUGGACACUACCACAGACACGGAAACACAAAAUGAGUUCUACCCUGUACCACCUCCCUAUAGUGUAGCAACUACUCUUCCAACUUAUGAUGAGGCGGAGAAGGCUAAAGCGGCAGCGAUGGCAGCAGCUGCUGAAGCAGCUCAGAGGCACGGCCAAAUUAGAGAGUCUAGAAGUCUGUUUGAUGAAAUAUUCCUCAGCCCUUCAGAGGAAGAAGAAUAUCCACCAAGGGAUGACUUCAGUGAUGCAGACCAGCUGAGAGUGGGGAAUGAUGGAAUCUUCAUGCUGGCUUUCUUUAUGGCGUUCAUUUUCAACUGGAUUGGCUUCUGUUUAUCCUUCUGUAUAACCAACACAAUUGCUGGACGUUAUGGAGCAAUCUGUGGAUUUGGAUUAUCACUAAUCAAAUGGAUUUUAAUUGUGAGGUUCUCUGACUAUUUUACUGGCUAUUUCAAUGGACAAUAUUGGCUCUGGUGGAUAUUUCUGGUGCUUGGCUUGUUGCUGUUCUUUAGAGGGUUUGUAAAUUACCUCAAAGUGCGAAACAUGUCUGAAAGUAUGGCAGCUGCUCACAGAACAAGAUUUUUCUUCUUGUACUAGAGGCAAACGUAAGCAGACAUUCCUUUAUCUUACCAAUGUGAAUCAACAAGGUGUACAACACUAGAAAUGAAUAGAAGACUACUAAACGAGAAAAUUAGUCAUUUGGUUCCUAGCAGCUCUUGUUGCAGGAUAUAGUCCUAAAAUAUCUGUGUAAAUAUCUCCUUUAUCAUUGCACAUUUGGCAAAUGGAGGACAUUCCAAAUCCUCUACAAGACGUACGGUUUUUGAAGCAAAAAUAGACGUGUAGCAUGUUAUACUUGACCUGUUCCCAUUCCAACUCAUCAGUGGAUAGAUGCAAGUUUUUAUUGUACUACUUAUUUUAUUCUCUCAUUAGCAAAUGUUUGAAGUGAUAACCUGUUUUGAUUUAGACAGCAGAAUGCUAUUCCCAUUGUGUAUACUUCAGCAUGACCUAGAUUUUACCCUAAAAAGAGAACAUUAAUUUUGCAGAUAGACAACCCACCUAACCCCCUUGUAAAUAUGCAUCUUCGUACGACCAUUUGGCACUGUCAUUCUAUCCAAACACUAGUUCAUGAAGUUAAUUUAAAAAUGAAUAAUAUGUCUAUUUUUUACUAACAUUAGCCUUUUUUGUAUGUAUGAAUGAAUAGAACAAAGGUACUUGAUACUGUUUAAAAUGUUCCAUAUAAUCAUUUGUGGUCUCAAUAUAAUUUUAUCAUCUUGUGAUGUCAGUUUGAACAAUGAUUGAACAAAUGCACUUCCCAAAUGGACCUUCACAAAGUAUCCGAUGCAUCUUUACUUUCAGCACAGUGGUUUAUAACAAGAGAGUAUUCUCUUCCUUAGCAAAGUGUCUUGAUCUCUAGAAUACCUCAUUACUAAAUUGUAAACCACAUUUUUGACACAGUUGUUUGGGACAUAAAUAACAUUUAAUUUUGUUAAACAAAUUACCUUGUUGUCUGCCAUUAAGCUGUUAAACCAGUAGGCAUACUAUUUAAUUCUUUUAAGCUACUGUCCCAAGCACCAUACAUAAAUUGUUUCAAAUGUCAAAAUCUUUUUAAAAUGACAUUAAUAUGUAGGGACAUGUGUACUAAGCCUUGGAGUUAGAAAAAGUACCAGCCGAUCAGCGCCUAACUGUCAUGUUACAGGCUGCAUUUAAAUAAAUGACAGGAACUUGUUGGUUAGUACUUUGUCUCUCUUCAAGGCUUAGUACAUAUGCCCCAGAUUGCUUUGAAGGAAUUCAGAUGGACCAGUUAGCAGCGCAUGCAAGGGAGCUCUUAAGUUAGAACAUUGACUCACUGUACUGUAAGUAGACUCCCAAUCUCUUACGCAGCUAAAUGGUCAAAACUAUUAGACCACUUUCUUCUAUAAUGUAAUAGUAAGAGAGAACAAAUUGUAAUGCCUGUGUUUAGUGUUUUGCUGAGGCAUCACAGCACAUAGCAAUACUAUGUAAUACAGUAUGAUAGAGAAAGUUGUUUUGUCCUCUGUAAAGGAUAAGCAUAUUUACAUUAUGUUAAUAUAAUGUAUUCCUGGAUCAUGUCUAAUUAUACAUUUUUAUUUUAUUAAUGUGAAUUAAGUGGUUUCACAUUCUACUUCUGGAAAACCUAAUAUCUCCUAAUCCCUUGCUAAUUUGCACAUGAUUGGAAAUGUCUGUUUUGUCCAAUGUGACAAACUUGCAUAAUGCGAAUAUGGUGACCCUAUGCCUUGGUGAAAGAGUCAUAGGAAUUCUAAUUUGCCUUCUAAUGAUGUGCCAAGGAUGGGGUGUUGGGGUGUGAUGUGGGCAAACAAUGUAUUGCAACUGGAAUGGAUGCAGGGUUGCAUCCUAUCUUUAUGGUUUUAUUUUCUCCUUGUCUCUAAUAUGAUUAUCAGUCUCUAAAGAUCUGGUGUCCUGCUGCUUUAUUUUGUCUUUUAAUCAACCUUCUAGUGUAUCGGUUAUCUGUACACUUAGGAGCAUUUUUUAUUUAAUGGAACUCUACAGAUUUAAGGAAGACAUUUAUAGACCAAAAUCUGUGGGCUUAGUUGGACAACCCCAUUUGCUUCAGUAAACUACUGUACAUAUCAUGGAAAGGUCACUCUGACUGAACAUUAUGCUUUCAAUAGCUGGUGCACAGAACUAUUCUAUGAUCAGUUUUUUAAGAAUUGUGAGAAAUGUAUUUUGAGAAGUCAGAGCUGUAUGUGUGACCUAACUUUCUUCUCAUGGUUAGACAGUUUUGUUCCUGUGUUUGGUCUAAGGGGGUAAUUCAGUUCUCCUUGGUGUUUUGGGAAGUGCCUCUGGAACAGUCCUCAGAAUGAGGAGAGACUCCUUAAUAUAAUCCACCAGCAUAUUACAGAGAAUUGAAUUUGUCCCUAAAAGUGUCACUUUUUAAAAUGCUACUAAAUUGCAGGUAGUUGAACAAUGAACGUUGCAAAUUAUGAACCAAGAAUUCAUUGAUGUAAUGAUACUAAAUGUAAUAUUUCCAAGUGUGAUAAGUUUUUAUUCAUUGCAUAUUCUUUGUGGGAGUGCUGCAGAACUGGUGAGAUAUAAAUGGACCCAAAGAACAAAUAAUUUAAUGUGUGAUAUGAUUUGAUGAUUGUUCACACACUAGCUUGUUAUUUUCUCCUAUACUUCUCCCAUCUCCUGAAAAUCUUGAUUGGUGCUUCAAAACAAAUAAAAAAGUUGAGAUUUCUCUCUGAAAAAGAUUCAACAAUAACAAAUUUUGGGCCUUUCUGGGGAUAAGUAAUUUCAAAGAUUACUAUUGAUUAUUACCUCAAUUAUUUUAAGUAUAUAAUAAUACAGACAUAACUGUUUGCUAUGAAAUAUUGUUGAGGCAAAUUUGUAAAUUUAGGCCUCUAAAGUUGCCAAUGAUUACUGCAAUUUGGACAGCUAAUUAGUCUGUUUUUAAUUGACCAUAAAUUGCCACCUGUAUGGACACACACAGCCCUCUGCUCCUAAUUUACAGCCUCCUCAAUACAUUUGGACAGAUGGAAUAUUAGGAUGAACGAUUGCCAAUUACAGUAUCUCUAUAUACAGUAUGCAGUCAUCUUGUCAUCUUUGGACUGUGCUGAUGUCAGUGAUAUUUUCAAGAUAUCUCAUUAUGUAUCUGUUUUGUUUUUUUAAAUUUUUUUUUUAUCUGUGAUACCAAGUAAUGCAACAUGAAGUAUCAAAUCUAUGCAUUACCACGUGAAAUACAUAGCCUAUAAACAGUACUAAUAUAUGCACUAACGUCCAAUGCGCAGCUUUUAUAUGAUUCCGUUUGCUUUAUAUUUUACUGAUAUUCAUUCAUGCCAUGUUUAUCUGACUUUAAAAAAAAAAAUGAUGAGCGGCUAAUUAUGCGUGUGUAAAUCUAAUCGCAGUGUAAGCUGUUCUGAAAUGUUGUGUUGUUCCUGUCUUCCUUUCAGAAAUGUAAAACGGCCAUAUCUCCUUCAAUGAAAGAUCUUUCUGUAGGGGUUGUCACUCUUUAUAUACUCUAAAAGGUGCAAUAUGGAAGCUUCUGCGUGAAGAAGUGAUUCUGCACAGUGUAUGUUCUUCAUUUUAGAGAGCUACAUAAUAUAUCAUCUCUAGCCUGCAAUGGCAGAACUGUAUAAAGUGAGAAAAGCUACGAUACAUAAUCCGAAUUACAGUAAUCACAUAACUAAAAAAUAUAUAUUUUUCUCCGUGAUAUGAAUAACAAUGUUUUAUGUGGCAAACCAUACUGUGUUUAGUGCAAUAAAUCCAUUUUAAAAUGCUAAAUUAAGCUCUGCAGUGCUACUUUACAAAAGACAACCUGUCAGGUAUACGGGGAAAAAAGUGUUUGUGUAAGUGUGACUACUUAUUAUGGUUUGACAAACAUGCUUGUUUUUCAUCAAAGAAAACAGUUACACUAAAUGCGACAAUGUGUUGUAACAAAAACGUACAUCAAAUUUUUGUCCGUGAAUGAAAAAUGCUGUUUUAACAAUAUAUAUUUUGUUAUGAUUUCUUAUUAAGCUGCUGUCUGUAGAACUUAUCUUUGCAUAUCAGUAGAACCAAAAGCAUCUGUAGACUGUCAGAAUGUACAAGCCAACAUAUGAAGAGGGAGGAACAACAUGACAAACCUUAAAUGAUUAUUAGAAAAUGUCAUUAUUUGCAUCGUGUGAUCAGAUUAAAUUGACAUCAUGGGAUUUAGCCACUUGUUGUCACUGACCAAUUCAAUCAAUCUUCAAAACCCUGCAUGUUAAUUACCAGAAGGUGCCCUUUUCCUCACAACUCCUGAGUCGGCGUUAAAAUGCACUCUCGAGAUUUAACGUGCUAGGAAAGACAUAGAUUCCUGCUUUUUAUGCAUAAUCUAUGGUUUUACCGUUCUGGAGAAAUGCUAUAUAAUUGACGAGCUCUGGGUGUAAAAUCCAGAACAUUUCCCAGCAUGGUUAUUCCUACGCCUAAUUGGAUAUGCGCCCAUAUCUUUAAAAAAAGAAAAAAAUAUAUUAAUUUAAGUUUUUUCCUUUCAAUAGGAGCCUAGGGAAAACACUGUUGUUUGGUAUGUAAGAGGUAUAACUGUUUCAUUGAAUUAUGUAGUAUAUACCUAAGAAAGAUAUCCGUCAAAACCUAGGAAGGACUUUCCAGCAAUAUCCGUAUGUUUUCCUGUGCGCUGAGAGAUUGCAGGUUACAUGGGUUUUGAAAAAUAUACCAACUUGUCAAAGUCGAUGAUUUUACCAGCUAUUGUAGGUUCAUGAAGUUUAGAGAUCAAUAUGAAUCAAACAUAACACUGUCUAUUUGCCUGUUAUUACAGCUGGACACAUGUUUAUGUUGAUAUGAAAAAGAGAAAUAAGACCUAUUUUGUUUAUCUGUUUUUAAUCCGAUGCACACACAUCUCCAAGCUUACAUUGUGUUCUAAGGUUCUCAGACAAUGACCAGAUUUACUAACUUAUUUUGGACUGCAGAAAAAAGGCUCAACAGUUGAUUUGAACUUUUUUUUUUCUGAAACAUCUGUAAUAUUAUUCUGUUUCUAUUUUCAAUGUAUGUGCUAAGUAAAAAUUCAAUAAAACAUUGUUUUGUUGAAACAUUA